AAUCCACUGCAUCAAUGAACUACACAAAUUCAGAGGAGAGCUGGACUGACUCAGGCAUGUGGACACUUUCUGCAUGGACCUUGAAGACUUCACAACCAGCAUGGAGAGAAGUCUGGAUUCCCUGCAGCUUCUAGUUACCCAGGUGUUGCCCCAGAGUGACCCAUCCAUGGUAUUCAGAGACUUGAACGUGGUAGCGUUACUUCAAGAUUUCUGGGAAACUAAAGAGAAGAGGAAGGCAGCUUUUCCUAGCGAAAGUUUGGUUGUUUAUGAAUCGGUCCCAUCCCCAGAUCCUCCGUUUGUGUGUUAUGUUACUCUGCCAGGAGGAAGUUGCUUUGGUAACUUUCAGUGCUGUUCAAGCCGAGCAGAAGCACGGAGAGAUGCGGCAAAAGUUGCACUUAUCAACUCCCUGUUCAACGAGUUACCAACUCGGAGAAUUACUAAGGAAUUCAUCAUAGCAAGUGUUCAAGAAGCAGUCACAUCAACAAGUGGAAAUGCAGACGAUGCAGAUGACCCAAGUACAAGUAUCGGUGCCUAUCACUAUAUGCUGGAAAAAAACCUUGGUAAAACUAUGCUGGAGUUUCAGGAAUUGAUGAUAGUCUUUCAGCUGCUGCACUGGAAUGGAAGUCUUAAAGCCCUCCGAGAAACAAAGUGCUCUCGUCAGGAGGUAAUCGCCUACUACUCCCAGUACUCGUUAGAUGAACGAAUGAGAAGUCACAUGGCACUGGAUUGGAUAAUGAAAGAGGAAGAGACACCAGGAAUCAUAUCUCAGGAGCUUCAGCUUGCCCUGAGAGAGCUGGAAGAAUCCAGGAAAGCAGGACGAGAGCUUCGGUUUUACAAAGAGAAAAAAGAAAUACUGAGUUUAGCUCUCAGUCACAUCUACAGCGACUGCAUUACGCCACCUACAAACGCCGAUCACAUGAGCCUCAUUUUAAAUGGUUACCACUGAAAAAUCUGCGUCUUUCGUGUACGAUUAGGCACACACUGAAUAGAAACAUGUCCUGGAAAUGCUUAUCCCUAUGGCCACCCAGGUUAGACCAAGGUUUCCCCUUUAAACUCUGUGAAAUAAACUUCAAAGAGCAGAGUAUUGUUUGAAUAACAGUAUCAUUUUAUGGUUCUGAUGUUAGUCCUGGAUGGAUACAAGGCCAGCUGUGUACUUAGUCAUUUUUUUGUAGUUCGGCUAAUUUAAUUCAGCUAAUUCAAAUGAAAGUCUUAGCUUGUCUGUAAGGUCUGUGUGUCUUUGUGUGUCUAUAUAUUACACACUGCUUUAUGACACAUCAUGAACUU